AUGCUGCAGCCUGGAGCCAGCAACUUCAUUAGAGGUUCAGAGGAAACUCCAGGCCUGAUGCAAAACAUUUUUGCUCUGAUUUACUUUUUGUCUGAUUCUCGCCAGAAGAGUCAGAGUAACGGACCGGAGAAGGAGAAAGACGGAGUGAUACAGAACUUCAAAAGGACUUUGUCUAAGAAGGAGAAGAAGGAAAAGAAGAAGAGGGAAAAGGAGUUUGCUCGGAUCCCAGACGGAGACGAACAGAUUCUGAGCCGCGAGGACGGAGAGAACAACCGUCUGGCGGCGGAGGUUUAUAAGGACAUGCCAGAAACCAGCUUCACCAGGACGAUCUCCAACCCGGAGGUGGUGAUGAAGAGGAGGCGGCAGCAGAAACUGGAGAAACGGAUGCAGGAGUUCAUGAGCAGCGAUGGAAGGCCGGAGUCGGGUACGUUAAACGUUGGUUGAUGCCGUUUAAAUUCUGC